AUGUGCUAUGCCCGAGGAACGGCGUACUUGCAACUGAGGGAGAUUGAAAAGGUCAAGGAUUGUUUCAAAGAAGCAUUUCGUGUUGACGUCAAGUGCUACGAUGCAUUGGUUGCCCUGACUGAAAAGAAUAUGCUGGAGGAAAAAGCCGAAUGGGACUUUAUAUCCACCUUACCCUACGAAGAACACUGUGGUCUAUCUGAUGCGGAUUUUUUUCGAUCACGUUAUAUGAUCCAGCUAAAAAGAUAUUCGCACAAGGAGGAUAUCCAACAAGCGCAAAAGGAAGCAGAGAACGAUUUCGGUUUGAAAAAGAGUCUCAAUGUUAUGCAUAGUAUAGCACGGACAUUACUGGCAGAAUGCAAAUACGAAGAAUGCCUAAGUGUAUGCCAAGAAAUACGGAAAGAAGAUGCUUUCUAUACAAAAUCGAUUCCAUUAUACAUUACGUGCUUAUACGAGCUAAAGAUGAAAGACGAGCUGUAUAUCUUGGCCCAAGAAUUGGUGGAUAGGCUAAACGACGAGGCAGUGACGUGGCAUGCCGUGGGGAUGUAUAAUCUUUACAUUGAAAAAUAUUCAGAAGCACGUCGCUAUUUUAAUCGAGCAACGGAUAUCGAUCAGUACUUUGAAGACUCUUGGCUUGGUUACGGGCAUGCAUUUGCUGCUGAAAAAGAUCACGACCAAGCGAUAAGUGCAUAUGCAAUGUGCAGCAAAUUAGUACCAGGAUCACACCUUCCUGACAUGUACAUUGGCGUACAAUUCUUGGAGCAAAACAUGCUGGAUGCUGCUUUUGUGUAUCUAAAUAAAAGCUACAGUAAAUGCAACAGCGAUCCUUUCCUAUUGAACGAAAUGGCAGUAUACCAUUAUCAAAAGAAAGAGUAUCCACAAGCACUUGAUCACCUACGAGAUGCAUUAAAAUUGGCUAAAGACCGACAGAGUCCUCUCAGCAACCUUUGGGAGAAACUGUGGGCUAAUUUUGGCCAUGUAUACAGACGGAUG